CCCUUCUCCCGCCACGACAAAAGGGCCCACAGUAUUCCUUUCCUCUGUCUCUACGCUUUACUUGUCUCUUUUUAUAAGGAAAAAACGAAGAAAAUUCAAAAUCUAUAUUUCAACACCACAUUUUUUUAGAAGGAAAGAAAAAAAGAAAUCCAUAAAUGGACUUACCGGUGAUAGAUCUAGCAACGUAUUUGGAGACCGCUGGGAAUCGGGAAGGUGAAUCAGCAAAGCGAGCGAGUGAACUCAACGAGUUGUGCCGCGAGGUGAGUCGCCUGCUGAAGGAAACGGGGGCGUUACUGGUUCAGGAUCCGCGGUGUACGGCUGAAGACAAUGAUCGGUUCAUUGAUAUGAUGGAGAAGUACUUCGAGAAGCCAGACGAGUUCAAGCGCUUGCAGGAGCGUCCCUAUUUACAUUACCAGGUUGGAGUAACACCAGAGGGAGUGGAAGUGCCAAGAAGCUUGGUCGAUGAAGAAAUGCAAGAGAAGUUAAGGGCAAUGCCUAAAGAGUACCAACCAUACACUCCCAAGGGGCCUGAUCCCAAGUGGCGAUACAUGUGGAGAGUGGGCCCUCGCCCUUUCAAUACCCGCUUUCAGGAACUUAAUUCAGAACCUGUCAUACCUGAAGGUUUCUCUGAAUGGAAAGAGACCAUGGACUCUUGGGGAUACAAAAUGAUAUCAGCAAUAGAGGCUGUUGCUGAAAUGGCAGCAAUUGGAUUUGGGCUGCCAAAAGACGCAUUUACUUCCCUUAUGAAGCAGGGGCCACAUCUUCUAGCUCCAACAGGGAGUGACCUCAGACGAUAUGGGCAGGAGGGCACUGUGUUUGCAGGCUACCACUAUGACCUUAACUUUCUAACUAUCCAUGGCAGAAGUAGGUUCCCUGGUCUAAACAUCUGGUUAAGGAAUGGGCAAAAGAUUGAGGUGAAGGUUCCUUUAGGAUGUCUUCUAAUUCAGGCCGGGAAGCAGAUAGAAUGGUUGACGGCUGGUGAGUGCAAUGCUGGCAUGCAUGAAGUUGUUGUCACAAAGAGGACAAUUGAUGCUAUAAAGUUAGCAUCGGAGCAAAAUCAUAGCCUAUGGAGAGUAUCCUCUACGUUGUUUGCACACAUAGCUUCGGAUGCUGUGUUAAAGCCUCUAGGACACUUUGCAGAAUCAUCCCUUGCAAGCAAAUAUCCACCCACAUGUGCGGGAGAAUUUGUCGAACAAGAGCUUGCAGUAAUUAAUCUGAAAGGAAAUAAAGGGAAAUCAUGACAAAUUGUUUCUUGUUAUGUUUCCUGGAACAAGGCGAGGGCACUGCUUGUAGCCGCACAUUCUUCUCAGCACUUGUGCAGCUAAUACCCUGCAGAGCUGCAGUUUCUUCCUUUAGCCCCGUUCCACCAAGUGAGUCCUGCUGCAAUGCCAUAAAAGCUCUGGGGCAACCUUGUUCGUGUGUUCUUGUAAAUGGCCCUCCCAUAUCUGGUGCUGCAGCUGCCUAAGAAAUGCACUGCCAACACAAAUAACGAAGAAGAAGCAAGUAUGAUUUUUACGAGCAAGUCUGUUGAGAGCUCGUGAGAACCUUUCCCAGUUAUUGCUAUUGGUAAAUUGCCCAAAUAAAAGGGAUAUAUGGACGUUAAAAAUUAAGUAUUAUUAUAAUUAUGUAUAAGCUCGUGGGUUUGGCUUCUGGAACUUCUUCCUUCGGAACUUCUUCUUCUUUUAAAUAGAUUGCUUAGUUAGUUGCAUUUUAUAGCUUACUUCCCUUGGUUAGAGUUCAUUGUCUCCAUUUUCUUUUAUAGUAAGUAUGUGUCUUCCUCCUCUAUGAAGCCAUGGUAAUGCUUUUUUUAGAAAUUUAGGGUCAUUGCCAGUCUUUGUGAGGCUAAAAGCGUAAUUUUAGCUUAAAUUCUUCUUUCUAUUAGUUACUAAUAUUAUCUGGCAGUCUUAUAAAAAUCCCCAAAAGGGAAACAUCAUUCAGCUAGUGUAAAAUAAAACAUAUACAAAUCAUAUCCUGAUGAAUUUUAAUCUAUAAACUUUCCUCAUACAAAUCAUAUCUCUUUGACAUUUGCAUUAAACCAGUAGCAAUAUCUUCACUAGACAACAGAAUUGAAUUAUAUCCAUUACACUUAGUGGAAAAAUCCAAUAAAGAUUUCAGCAAAACACUGCAAUUUAUCAUUACUUUAUUAAUUUAUUUAUUUUUAUAAUUGAGAAAAUUCUGUUUGGCCACAAUGGGAGCUGGACAAUCAGAACCAUAUCAGAUUGAGUCAGAUAG